UUCGGCUAUUUCCGCCACGGCUUCGUGUUGCCUCCAUUUUACUCUAGUUUGUAUGUAUGUGUGCGUGGUCUGGGUCUGUAACGAGAGAGGAAACAGGACCGGGAGCGGAUACACUUUUAAAUUGCUACAAAAAUGGACGGCAUCGGUGACGUUGCGGUUGGAGUAAAGAGAGGAUCUGAUGAGCUGAAUAUGUAUAACAACAGCAUGAGCGAUGGGGCUUCCAAUGGUAACGACAGUAAGAAGCUGAGGGUGGAGGAGGCGGCGCCGUCGCGCGUGAUCCACAUCCGGAAGCUGCCCAACGAAGCCUCCGAUGCUGAGGUCAUCGCUCUGGGCCUGCCGUUUGGCAAAGUCACCAACAUCCUGACUCUGAAGGGAAAGAACCAGGCCUUCCUGGAGAUGGGAACAGAGGAGGCAGCCGUCACUAUGGUCAACUACUACAACACAGUACCUCCACAUGUCCGCAACGCCCCCGUCUUUGUUCAGUACUCCAAUCACAAAGAACUCAAAACUGAUGCUAGCAACCAGCGGACUCAGGCGGUGCUGCAGGCGGUGUCGGCGGUCCAGGCCCAGAGCGCCGACGCUCAGGAGGUGGUGGCCGCAGCCUCCAGCCCAGUGCUGCGCAUCAUCAUCGACAACAUGUUCUACCCCGUGACGCUGGACGUCCUGCAGCAGAUAUUCUCCAAGUUUGGAACGGUCAUGAAGAUAAUCACCUUCACCAAGAACAAUCAGUUCCAAGCUCUCCUGCAAUUCAGCGACCCCGUCAAUGCGCAGCACGCUAAACUGGCACUGGACGGUCAGAACAUCUACAACUCAUGCUGCACACUUCGCAUCGACUUUUCUAAGUUGGUCAACCUAAACGUUAAGUACAACAACGAUAAGAGCCGGGACUACACCCGCCCCGAGCUGCCGGCCGGGGACGGGCAGCCCAGCCUGGACCCCGCCGUGGCCGCCGCGCUCAGCAAAGAGUCCAACUCUCUGCUCGGUAAGAUUCCAGGAGCCCUGAACCCCCUGAGCGCCGCAGCGGCAGCUGCUGCUGCUGCAGGGAGGGUGGCCCUUGCUGGACAGGCAGUAUCCAGCGGGGUUCUUCUUGUAAGCAACCUCAAUGAGGAGAUGGUUACGCCCCAAAGUCUGUUUACCCUCUUCGGAGUGUACGGUGAUGUCCAGAGGGUGAAGAUCCUUUACAAUAAGAAGGACAGCGCUCUCAUUCAGAUGUCUGACUCCAAUCAGGCCCAGCUGGCAAUGAGCCAUCUGAACGGCCAAAAGAUGUACGGGAAGAUAAUCCGCGUGACGCUGUCCAAGCACCAGACGGUGGCGCUGCCCCGGGACGGCCUGGACGACCAGGGCCUGACCAAGGACUACGCCAGCUCCUCUCUCCACCGCUUCAAAAAGCCGGGCUCCAAGAACUUCCAGAACAUCUUCCCGCCCUCUGCUACUCUUCACCUUUCCAAUAUCCCACAAGACGUGACGGAGGACGAUCUCCGGCUGCUCUUCUCCAACACGGGGGGAACUGUGAAGGCAUUCAAGUUUUUUCAGGAUCGCAAAAUGGCUCUGAUCCAAAUGUCAACUGUGGAAGAGGCCAUCCAAGCUUUGAUUGACCUUCAUAAUUACAACAUGGGAAAUAACCAGCACCUGAGAGUUUCCUUCUCAAAGUCCACCAUUUAGAAUGUAACACACUGACUCUUGGCUUUAACGGUUUACCCUAAGAAGAAGAGCGGGGAGAGUACGUAGACUCAGACGUUUUGUUCAUUCUGCCAUUCCUUUAGAGAGACUGAAACCUUUGAUUUGCAUUCUUUUUUCAAAAGAGAACAAUACUGGAUCUCCAGCUUUUAACUGUACCUCCAUACUUUCAUACCAAGCAGAUGGUCGACUUGACUUGUCCCCUCGUAUGACAAUGUUGCAUAUAUCAGUGUUUUAAUUCUCGAAAUAGUUGACGAAACAUUGUACUCAUGUGCCUUACUUGACAAUAUCAACUGUUUCUACAGCUGGACAUGUUCAUUAAGCGCCUCCCUGAUGGGGCCCAUUAGCACGGGAUAAUUUGGGGGGGUCAGCAGGAACACAGGUUGCUUUGUCAUCAUUUAAGCAUUGCUACAUUUAUUUGAAGCUGUGCCACUGAGCAGCUGCAGCUUUGUUUGGUUCAGAACAUUAACUUUUGGAGUUCCGCAGCAGGAGCGGAGCCUGUUCCUGAGGCUACGUGUUAGCGACUUUACAGCAGCCCGUGACUGCCAUUCCAACUCCCACUCCAUUAUUCCACAGGGAUGCUGCCACAUUGUUUCCCCUCCCUUUUCACUUCACAAUCCCUGCACAAGAUUAAUGAUCAGAAUGCAGCUCGUCGCAAUGUUUUCCUCUGUUUCUGAGGCGGUCCUUGCCUUUUCCCUCGCAGUGAAGUGUAAUUGUCAGUGACUGUGUCUUUGAGGCAUGCAUAGUGAUGAUAGCAAGUCCGACCAGAAAGUAUUGCAUGCUGUGGAAGACGUUAAAGUAGGAGCCCACUGUGAUUUUAUUGUUAUGUAACAGUUUACUAUAGAGAGGGCUAUUCAGUUGGACCAAAGUUUCUGUGCCUUUUAGUAUUUCUUCUUCAUUUUAACUUGGGGGGGAUCAAAACUUUACAGUGGAAUUUUGAGGAAAUGUGCGAGAAAACUUUACCUACAAGUUGGGUACCUUAUGUUAUUUUAUACUUUGCAAGUCCUGGCAUUUGGUCGGAAAUAAAAAAGAUGUAAUUUCCUUUUUUUUUUUUUUCUUC